CCACAGGUUACCUCCAGCUGCUGCCAUGCCCAACUCAGUGCUGUGGGCGGUGGACCUCUUCGGGAGAGUGUACACGCUGUCCACAGCCGGCCAGUACUGGGAGCUGUGCAAGGACUCCCAGCUAGAGUUCAAGCGCGUCAGCGCCACCACGCAGUGCUGCUGGGGCAUCGCCUGUGACAACCAGGUCUACGUGUAUGUGUGUGCCAGCGAUGUCCCCAUCCGCUGCCGAGAGGAGGCCUAUGAGAAUCAGCGCUGGAAUCCCGUGGGUGGCUUCUGUGAAAAGCUCCUGCUGAGUGACCGCUGGGCGUGGAGUGACGUGAGUGGGCUCCAGCACCGGCCGCUGGAUGGGGUGGCGCUGCCCUCGCCGCACUGGGAGUGGGAGUCUGACUGGUACGUGGAUGAAAAUUUUGGAGGCGAACCCACCGAGAAAGGGGGGUGGACGUAUGCCAUCGACUUUCCCGCCACCUACACGAGAGACAAGAAGUGGAAUUCUUGUGUGCGGCGCCGGAAAUGGAUCCGGUACAGGAGAUACAAGUCCCGGGACAUCUGGGCCAAGAUCCCCUCAAAGGACGACCCCAAGGAGCUGCCCGACCCCUUCAACGACCUCUCUGUAGGGGGCUGGGAGAUCACGGAGGAGCCCGUGGGCCGCCUGUCAGUGUGGGCUGUGUCUCUGCAGGGCAAGGUAAGGCCAGCCCCUCUCCCUGCCCCAGUUCCCCACGACCCCAUCUCCGUGGGUCCUGUCCUGUGCAUCCCCUGGGUCUUGCUCCUCCCAGGAGCCCCGGCCCCCCGACCCCAUGCCUGCUCCUGGCCUUUCUCUCCUCCGAGCCCCCUGCAUGCUGAUCAGUGCCCAGCCUCGGCUCAGGCACACCAAUGUGGCCUCCUCAAGACAGAUUCUGAGCCCCCUGCCAGCUCCCUGCUGGUGCCUCCCAGUCUUCAGGAAUAGUGUGGGGGUAGGAGUGGGGGUGACAGAAAGUGUGCCAG